AUGGAUACGAAUACACAAGCGAACAUCGUUCGGGAAACAUUAACAUGUCCAAUUACACUUGAAGUCUUUCGUGAUCCAGUCAGAGCUACAGAUGGUCAUGUGUAUGAGCGUGCAGCCAUUAUCAGAUGGAUUGAGACACAUGGUACAAGCCCGCUCACUCGGGAACCGUUGAAUGUAGCUGAUUUACAAGUGGACGAGCACUUGAAAUAUCUGGCUAGCCAACGACGACCAUCGAAAAUAUCUUCUGUCACACAAGAUGAAACUGUGAUUCUUCCUGCUUUUUAUGGAAUGGGCAGUGACAGUACACACCCAUCUGGUAACACUGCCAAUAUGGAAAAUCUUCCUAUGAAUCCGAAGAAACGGUUUUGGUCGGCGCUGUGUUGUUUAGCUAUAGUCAUUUGUUCUGGUUUGCUCUUAGCUGGCUUAGUUACAGGCUUUAGCAUAGGUUUAGGCUAUGCCGUGGGAGGCCGCGGGAAAUUGGCCGAUAGCAGUACCCGAACAAAUGUACCCGGAUGUGAUUCGCCUAUUAAACAACAUCGUGAUACAGCAAUACAAGCUAUUCGAGAAGCGGAUGCAUUUUUAUUUUUAACCGAUGGUCAACGCCCCGAUUUAACACGUGAUGAAAUAAAUAUAUUAAAAGAAAUUCAAAGUGGACAUUAUCAAGGUAUGUCACGUGCAGUUGGUAUAAUAACAAAAUUAGAUCUAUGUCAUACAAGAAAACAAUAUCUUGAUCACUAUGAAAAAGCUCGAUUAGAAUUAAUUAAUAAAGGAUUUUUAAAACAAAAUAUAUUUGCAGCAAACAGAGAUAUCAGGUUCAAAAUGUAUAAAAUUGCUUAA